AUGGCCAUGCAACGUAUCCUGAUCAACCCUGAAGACGACCGGCCUGCGACGCGUGACCUCCCUAGCGGAGGCACGGCGCCAGAUAAUCUACCUUCGCCAAAGGAAGUCAAAUAUCACCCGUCUCGGAGCGACAGUGAAAAUGCCUCUUUGUAUUUCGUGGGCACGGCGACUACUAUCUUAGAGUGGGCUGGUAUCCGAGUGAUGACCGAUCCUAAUUUCCUGCACGCCGGCGACCAUGUUCAUCUCGGUCCUGGAGUAUCAAGCACGCGACGAACCAACCCAGCCGUCGAUCUCCACGACCUCCCUCGGAUCGACCUGGUUCUGUUAUCUCACUACCACGCGGACCACUUUGACCAAAAAGUGGAAGCUUCGCUCCGGCGCGAUCUGCCCAUCAUCACGACGCCCCACGCGCAAUCACAACUUACCAAUAAAGCUGGAAAUUCAUUCACCAAUAUAUCUGCUCUCGACCAUUUCGAAUCAGCAAUGGUGGACAUCGGAGGCAGUGCUUCGUUAGGACGUCGUCGACUUCGCGUAACCGGCAUGCCAGGGAAGCACGUACCUGACAAUUCCGUGGUGGAAAGUCUCAAUGCAAUCGUGAACGCUAUUCCCCCAACCAAUGGCUGGAUGCUCGAACUCGGUACCGACAGCUCCGACGACGAGAAUGCAGAUAAUUUCGUCUGCGGUUACAGGAUCUACAUCACGGGCGAUACAUUGAUGGUCGACGACUUGAAGCGGAUCCCAGAACUGUACGCCAACCAGCGCAUUGACCUCAUGUUGGCCCAUCUAGGCGGGACGACGGUGCCAUCACCGGCUCUUGGACCACUUGCGCUGAUGGUCACGAUGGAUGCGAAACAAGGGGUGCAGAUGAUGCGGCUUAUACAGCCAUACUUGACGAUUCCGAUCCAUUAUGAUGAUUAUGACGUGUUUGCGAGUCCACUUAAGGAUUUUGAGGCGGAAGUGGUAAAGGCUGGAUUGGAGGGGAAAGUGCUGUAUUUGGAUCGGGGAGAGAAGUUCGGGUUUACAGUUAGAGAAGCAAUCAGUCGUUGA